ACGGGAACACCAGCGCUGGGGGCAUGGAGGACCAGCACAGGAGCCCCCACUGGCAGGUGGAAAAUAAGCAGGAGGAGGAGAUCUGGGUUCCUGACAGAGGGGAGAACGAGACCAAGGCAGACAUGGGGAGCAAAACCUGGGCAGACCUGGCUGGCGAAAUGAAGAUAUUCCUGUGGAACCCGGAGGAGAAAACAUGCCUGGGAAGAACAGCCAAGAGCUGGGGCUUGAUCUUACUGUUUUACUUCAUUUUCUACACGUGCCUGGCGGGAAUGUUUGCCUUUUGCAUGUACGUGAUGCUGCUCACGCUGAGCCCCUACACACCGACAUACCGGGACCGUGUGUCUCCACCAGGAGUAAUGAUCAGACCGUACUUGAAUGGGUUCACCAUUGCCUUCAAUGUCUCUCAGCCCAGCACGUGGCAGCCCUACGUGGACAGCAUGCACCACUUCCUAGCAGCUUAUGAUGACAAAGUUCAAGAGGAGAAGAAUAUCGAGUGCACCUCAGGACAGUACUUCAUCCAAGGGGGCAAUGAAAGCGAGGAGAAGAAGGCCUGCCAGUUCAAACGCUCACUUCUGCGGAACUGCUCUGGCAUUGAGGACCCAACAUUUGGCUUCUCUAAAGGCCAGCCCUGCAUCCUGCUGAAGAUGAACCGGAUCAUAGGCUACCGCCCUGGUGCUGGGGUCCCCGUGAGAGUGGACUGCAAAGUGCAGAAAGGCAACGAGAGCGAUCUCAGAUCUGUGGACUUCUACCCUGGAAACGGGACAUUUGAUCUCAUGUAUUAUCCCUACUAUGGCAAGUUCACUCAUGUCAACUAUACGUCCCCACUGGUGGCUAUGCACUUUACAGAUGUGAGGAGGAAUUAUUUGGUUCCAAUUCAGUGCAGUCUGAAUGGAAAAGGUAUUAUCAACGACCUUAAUAGCGACCGCUUCCUGGGCCGAAUCAUCUUCACAUUGAGCAUUGGAAAGUAGCCACUGCAAACACUGGGCACUUAGGUUAAGUCAAUCAGAGGCUUUUUCCUUUUUAAAGCAUAAAGCCAGCAUUUUUUUCUUCUAGGAAAAACAGGCACAUGGAGAUUUUUGUUAAUUUAUUUUUGUUCAUAGUUACAAAACAAAUGAGAUGCAAUGGAACGUGGAACCACAUUUUUCACCAUCUGAUGUAGAUCAUUAUUAGUAAAAAUUAAAAGUCAUCUGGACAGAGAA